AUGCACAAUGCGUUUGAACACACAUCGAACCCUCACACACUUUAUAUUACACCGAAGGGAGUUGUUCAAGUUAUUUCAACGUUCCUGCCCAUUCCAUGUUGUGUAGCUGCUGCGCUCAAUGACCACCAGGAUUUAGCCCGGCAACUGUUGCACCCACGUGCCCUAGUGAAGCAGUUGAAUGAACUCAAGAAGCUCACUGCAACACGCAUCACAUCGGGCGAGGCUAUGACUGACGACGACUUCAAGCGAAUCGCAGUCUUCACCUUCGGUACCGAUACCGGUGGUCCAGUUAAUAUGCUGUGGACCUACAUAUCCACCCAG